AUGCACAGCCUGGGAGUGCCCCAGAGCUUGGCGCAGCUGGGAUGCAGGCUGCCCUACCCCGCCUGGACACUCACCCUGCUUGCCCUCAUCGUCACCAACGUGGGUGACAUCCUGGGCAAUGGCUUGGUAAUCACCUCCGUCCUCCAGAACAAGGAGCUGUGGAAUGCAGGCGAUGCCUUUAUGGUGAGCUUGGCCAUUGCAGGUUUGCUGGUGGCUUUCUGUCCACACCUGCUUGUCCUGAUGGCUACUUUCCACAAUGGUUGGGUGAUGGGCCACCUACACUGCCAGAUCAGUGGCUUCCUGAUGGAUACGAGUGUCAUCAGCUCGAUCUCCAAUAUCACCAGUAUCGCUAUCAACUGCUACCUCUAUGUCUGCCACAGCCUGAAGUACGACAGGGAUUUCUCCAGUACCAACAGCCUGUGAUAAGUGGGAAUGGCACUCACUUUGGUGGCUAUCAUGCCAAAUCUCUUUGUGGAGUCCCUGCAGCAUGACCACCAUGUGUACUCCUGCACCUUUGCCCAGUCCAUCACACAUCACACCAUCACACCGUCCCUGCGCAUCAUCGUUUUGGUGAUAAUCCACUUCUUACCCAUCACUAUCAUCAGUUACUGCUACCUGAACAUCUGUGUGCUUGUCAUCUGGAUACGGUGCAGGGUGAAGCCUGACAUCCACCCCAAAACAAAGCCGCUUGAUUCCCAGAACCUCUUAACUAUGUUCAUGGUCUUUGUGCUCUUUGCUGUCUGUUGGGCACCACUAAACUUCAUUGGCUUUGCAGUAGGAGUGAAGCCAUCCUUGGGUUUCUUGAUCCCAGAACGGCUCUUCACCUCCAGCUAUUUCAUAGCACACUUUAACAGUUGCCUGAAUGUGGUGAUUUAUGGGACCAUGAACCAGAAUUACAAGAGGAUCAUGCUGACUGUGUUCCAGCUGGCAUACAGGACUUACGGAGACUAA